AUGGCAACAGAUAGCAUCUCCCUGCGCUGUCGCCUGGAGGUAUUGUCGCAAGAGCUCUACGACGAGAUUUACAACCUCACAUUCACUGCAGGCAACGGUGGACGUCUCAUUAUGGGCGAGAGUGACUUCGUCUGGCAUGGCGACGUUGUGACAGAGCGCUAUCUCGACCGAAGCGUCCGCUACGCAGAACACGACUCACUGAACCUCUUCCUUGUCGAUCGAGCGUCGAGUACCAAGUUCGCAGCAUCCUUCGAGACUCGAGCGAGUGGGGUUCCUUGCUAA